CUCAAGCUUUCAGUGUCUGGAUCUAUGGUGUAGCUAGAUGGGCUAGAUGCCACUCGCCAGUAGCCUGCAGGUUGCAAAGGUUGAAAGUUUGACUUCAAAAUCGUUCCGUUCUUCUUCUUCUUGGGGCUUUUUUUUCUCCUCUGCUUGGAUACUACUGAAUUAGGCAUUGGAUAUGUGCACACAGGAUGAUGACAACCCCUUUCCUCCCCGUAGAAGUAAAAUAAAAUAGGCUUUCGCACACGCUGGAUUUACUCCUGUCGUUCCAUAUGAAGAAGUCAAAAAUUUGGAUACGCGUCUGUGUCCAUUUACUACUGUUCAUCACGUUUGGGGUACAUUCAAGUAAAUUUGACGUCAACCCAGUAACAGAUGACAUCUCUAGACUCUCUGUUUUGAGACAAAAUAUUCCUAAAGAUUACAAAAUUCCUGUACAUUACAUUCCAAAAGAGGAGGGUGGGAUGUGUUGGGUCAAAUUAAAUGUCUUCUACUUGGAGGAGAGUUUACAAGAAUUAGCACAUAAGUUUGGAAACAUUUCAUCCAACAGAAAAGAUAUUAGCAUAUUCAUCCAAAUGCUCCAAGAACUACGGAUCAACAUGGAUUCUGUGGAGCCGAUCAUGUACGAUUUUGAGUGCCACUACAGGGAAGAGAGGUGGCAGACAUCGCGAUACUUUGACUUUGUUAAAGACUUCCUUAUAACUGCACAGCAUAGAGAAGAUUCGGAUGACUGUGAUCCUCCACCCUGUCCCACCACACCAUUCACAGUAAAAACAGAAACAUCUUUUAAAGAAUCACCCAUAUUCAACAGUGACACAACAGAGUGUGAUUUGCCCGGCUGCAAAACACGUAAACCACAAAGGCUCCUGCCCGAGUUGGUGGAGCGAAGCCUUCUCUCCCUACUGUUCAUUCCACUCCUAGCCCUCGUAUUCCUGCUUGUGUGGAAGGUCCGGUCACGAAGAAACGAGGAGGAUCUUCAACAGAAUCCUGGAGAAGUUGGACUCUUCACAGGAACAGAAGGGACUGCACCUCCACUAGAUGCUGAAAUAUCAGAAAAAAACAAGUUGAACGUCAUUGAAAUAGUGUAACGCAACCCCUUCGAUGUUCUCCAGCGUAAUUGGGCUCUACUAUGUUCUCCUGUUGGUGUCCAAAGGUGAUGAAAAACAAACAUGAAGCUGAAUUCCAUAAUGAGAUCUCAGAGGUGAAAGGCCUGUUUUUGACUGCUCUUCAGAUACACAAUGGCUUCACAAUUGCCAUGACCAAGAUUUUUCUGGUUAAACCACGCCUGCUACUGUAUGGAUAAGCUUGCCUUUCUUAUAAGACUUAUAAAAAACCCACGCUUUUGAAAAAGACUGUGAGAUUUUAGCAGAGAGAAACCCCCGUACUGCAAACCCCCCCCCUCUGGAUUUCUCUGGCUUCCGCGAAUUAUCCAUCAGAACCUGCUGCAUCAUGAACUCUUUGGGGACAACUUUUGCUUCCCCAUUAGCACGUUGCUACAGUCUGCGUCUUUGUUUCUGUGUUUUUGGGCCCACCAGUUCAUCUUCAAACAACAAAGAGAGAGAGAGUGACUGACACUGGUUAUCUCUUGUAUGAACUGAGGCAUGAAUUACUACCUCCGGUGACCCUCAUGUUAACCACAUUCGUAACACCUAUACAGUGUCCUCUUAGUCUGGGGUUUCCCAAAGACUAUAAUGUUUAACAUUGUAGUUCCAAGGUGUAGUCACAUUGUUUAUCAUGUGCCCAAGGGGCUGUAUGAUGUAUUUAUUUAUUGGUGGCGCCACUGAGCUGCUGCUGUUGAUUCAAUUAAAAUGUUUCUAGCGAUCAGUUAAGAUUAAAUUUUGCUAAUGGGUCACAUUUAAAGAACAACCAGUAUACUAACACAUCAUGAACCCAAAAACACAUUCCUGAACAAGCGACAUUUCUGCGUCUGAUAUUGUUUGUAUUUUGGUGUACAGUAUAUGACGGGGGUGAUUAAGCUGUGUGAAUGGAUUACAUGGAGAGAAAAAGACAUAUAUACAAAGCUGCUUUGACUAACUUACAUUUAGACCAUUAAAAAACUGCAAUGACAUUCUGUUAAUGAGUAUCAGGGAUGACUUCUGUGGAUCCAGGAAUUUUACAAAAAGGUGUGUCAGUGACAGACCCAUGUAAGACAAAGAUAGGCCUCCCAUGGUAAUUAUUAGUUAAACAUUGCCUUUAUUUUUUACUUAUCUCACCUUUAUGCUUGCAAGACAGGAACUGUUACAGGAGAGCUCAUUGAGAUCAUAGAGAUCAUUCCUCUAUGAAAGGAAAAGAAACUAAAUUGCGAAAUUUCUAAAAAAAUAAAAUAAAAUUUAAAAAAAAAGAUAAAAAAAAUUUAAAAAAGGAGAAAAAAAAAGAAACAUGUUUUUUUUUAAGGAAAAUAGGAAGAACUCAUACAGUAAGAUUGAAUAUACAAAUUCUAUGUAAUUUUUGAAAAAAAAAAUAUUAAAAAUGUAAUAAACUAUCAAUUCUUGACUGUUCAUUCAAAAACAAAAUGUACUCGCAAAUCAAACCCUCCAGCUUAGACUGUUCACACACCAGGUUUAAUCUGAUUCCUGACUUGCCUUCGUCCGGUAUCAGAGCUGUAUGUGCAUGACGAAAACCCCCACACACUAAAACACAUUGUAGAAACUAUCAUUUAUUGAGAAUUAAGAGCUGAAACACUGAAGGAUGAUACCACUGUUUAUGACAUUUACAGACAAACGCACCUUAGUUAUCUUCACAAUCCACAAAGCUCACCACAUGGAAAUGCCAUGCAGACCUAAAUAUCAAUUUUGCCUUAAAGUUGCGCCAUAAUACACUGUCAAAGGAAGUGCAGUGUCAUCUCCUUCACAUACUGAGCUGUAGCACAGUGGUGUAACUUUCAAAAAACUAAAAAGUUUGUAAAAGAGUUGUUUUUCUUUGGUAUGCAAAGAUCCAGUGAAGGGCAAGAAAUCAGUUAUUUGAAUGCAAAUCUAAAUAGUUGACAGUGAGGUCCAAUGCCCCCCUCCCUACUCCCUUUCCUUUAUGUACUCUCAGUACCCUGUUUCAGUGACAUCAGAUAUAUCGGAUUCAAGAAAGGCAACAGGUUUAAGAACAUCUAAGCAGGAGGCGACUCCCACGUAGCCUUUCCCAAACACAAAGUAGAUCAUUGAUGAAUUAUAGGUGUUAGAAUGAUGAUCAACAUUACUAAUGACAAUGAGCUAAGAGGUAGGAGUGUGAACAGGACACGCUCGUUGUGACCUAAUCAGGCCGCCCUGCUGCAGAUAUUUGACAGCGACAAAGUGGCAGGACACAAACAUCUGUUUCUGUAUCUAGCUUGAGUAUUUCUAUCAUGUUUGUGGUCUUACAUUGUACCAUGUCCAUCCUUGGUUUUGUGCCUUGUUUGAUUAGUGUGAUUGAGUCUGUCUAUGUUUCUGUGUGGCAACAGAGAGUGGGGAGAUCAUUACAGGGCAGAUUAAAAAAUCUCACCACAAUAACCCAGCAGAUAUGAUUCAAAAUCAACAUCAACUUUUUUUAAAAAUAAACUCAAAACCAUGCAGUUUAGCUGCUUGACCUGUGCUAAGUUAAAAUUCGGAAGACAGUUUUCUGGAAAAGCGGUGCUUCAGUAUGUGAAAACUUUAUUGGUAGAACAAACUGCAGUGGUUGUGACAUUUCUAUCCACACGUUACAUUUUAGCCUUUGUAACCUUUAGGAAACAGUUCAUCUGGUAACUCUUCUUGUUUCAUGUGUAUUUGGGACUAUAUGUUGGGAAUUUUUUUCUUAUAGGAGACGAGAGUAUAUUGUGCAAAAUUGAAUCUGUGUUUGAAAAACAAUGUAUACCACAUUGGUGUUCAUAUAGUUCAGAGCAACAGUACCUUUCAGCAUCAAUAGCUGGAAUUCUUUGGUGUGGUAAAGUAUGUUUGUUGUGUUGAACUGCAAGAUCAUUUUAUUCAUUCAAAAAUGCAUUUUUGAACAAUACUCUAUUAAUAGUGACAUAUUCCCUGUGCCAUAUUUUUUAUGGCAGUUUAGAGCUGAGUCUGUGUUAGAAGAUGUAUACCACAUUGGUGUUCAUAUAGCCCACAGCAACAAUACAUUUUAGUUUGAAUGUCUGAAAUCAGUGGUGUUGAAAAGUAUUGUUUUUAAAGCUUUUAGCCAGAUAUUUCCAUUCAAAAAUGCAUUUUUGAACAAUAUUGGAACAUACAGUACUAUCUACGACAGUUUAGACCUGAGACUUUCUCUGCGAUCAUCUUUAGGUUUCGCUUGUCUACAUGAAGUCUAUUACGUGCAGUGCCCAGUAUUCUGACAGAGACACAGGCUAGUCUAGCCACAAACAAACUAACAAGGUAUACUAUGUCAAAAGUUGCUUUUUAUACAUAGUCUAUGAAUAUCAUGAGCUGCAACAGGUCUAAGCUGUGAACAAAAAAACAAAAAAACAAAAAAAAACAUGGUCUCCCAUUUUCCUGUCUAUGCAAGAGCCAAAAGAGUCCGUAUGUCUGAUGCAUGGAAGCCAGACACUGAGUAAUUUCAUGCAUUAGUCGAGAGAAUGACUGCCCUGAAAUACUGUUCCUAUGUGGGUUGUUAUGUGGUCUGAGAGUGAGUAGAGCUGCAUCUUGAACAGUGCUUUCGGGCUCAAGUGAUCCAAUCCAUCCCACUUCAGUGGGAAAAUCAAAUGGCUCUAGGCAGGAAAUAAGUCUGGGUGCCAAAAAGCUAAUGUAAUUAUUGCCCGGUUGGUAUUCUGGGUGAAAACUCUACUGUAUUCUGUAUUUUUGUAUAAAUGUAAACAAACAUAUAUGAGAUAUGAAUAAAGUACAUGUAUCCAACUGU